AAAUAAUAGCAUUUCCUCAUUUUGCAGUUUACAGAAUUGUUUGGAAUUGCCACAUAUAUAAGUGACUGAUUAGUUUGGGCUCAGAGAGACAUCUAGAGGGAGAGCAAAGUAGGUAAUGCAAGACAAGAUGACUGCCUCAUUUUGCUUUCCCCUGGCUUUGUCAUUCCUAGUUCUUGUGUCUAUGGAGAGAGGAAGCUUUGGACAAGAGACAGAAGCCAGCUGCUGUGCACAGCUGAAGGGCUCAUCAGAGUGCGGAGCAAACAAGAUCAUCUUCCAGGGCCAGGCAGGGAUACCAGGAAUUCCAGGUGUGCCAGGAACAAGUGGACUACCAGGGACUAAGGGUGACCCAGGCCCCCAGGGGCCCCCAGGUGAGAGGGGCUCUGCUGGGGCACUUGGGAAAGCUGGACCCAAGGGUGAUAAAGGAGACAAAGGAGAAGUUUGCAGCUUGGAGAGUCUUGGCAGCUGUCCACAGCAAGAGGCGGGAGCCAAAGACUGCAAGGAACUCCUGAUACGCGGAGAGACCCUGACUGGCUGGUACACGAUCUACCCCACCACAGGGAAAUCAAUUAAUGUCUUCUGUGACAUGGAGACUGAUGGAGGAGGCUGGCUGGUCUUCCAGAGACGACAAGAUGGGUCAGUGGAUUUCUACCGAGACUGGGAGUCCUACAAGAAAGGGUUUGGGGUCCAAACAUCAGAAUUCUGGCUGGGCAAUGAUAAAAUCCACCUUCUCACCAGCUCGGGAACACAACAACUGCGGAUAGAUGUAACGGACUUCAACAACUCUAGAACUUACGCUAAAUAUACCAGUUUCAAAAUCUUGAACGAGAACAACAACUACACACUAGCAGUAGGCUCUUAUUUGGAUGGCGACAUGGGCGAUUCUUUGUCAGGACACAACGGUGCGCCCUUCACCACACGAGACAGAGACAACGAUGUCUACGAAAUAGCAAACUGUGCUGUGUCUUUCAAGGGUGCCUGGUGGUACACUGCCUGUCACUCUUCCAACCUAAAUGGCCUGUACCUCAAAGGCGAACACACUUCUUAUGCGAAUGGCAUCAACUGGUCCACUGGGAAGGGGCACCAUUAUUCUUACAAAUACACAGACAUGAAAAUUAGACCUCAAUAGUGCAGGUCCUGGAGCUGAGACAGUGUGCCAUGCAGCUCCUCAGAAGUGCCUUCUCAUGUCUUGUAGUAAUAAAUAACCCUGAGCCCAAUGUACAUUUUAACUUUUGUGAAGCACUCAGAGAGCUUCAGCUAUUGGGUGGUACAGAAAUGCAAUAAAUAAAUAAAUGAAAACUGUUUCAGCAGUGUUUUCUGGUUAUAUCCAGAUUUUGGCAUAUGAAGCAAGAAAAGAGAAUACAUUAACACACACACACACAAAACCCCAGCAGCUACAGCCAAUGGAGUGGGGAGGGAACAGCCUUGCCCCUUGACCAGAUCACAGGCACACCCCAAGGCAUGCCCAAUAUGCAGGAUGCAAUUUGGGGAAACAAGGCACACUGCAGCGGAACUUCACAGGAGCCACGUUUGAGGGGAAAAGGUGCACUUAAAAGAACUUUGCGAAAAUGCACCUCUUUGAGAGGGAAGCUGCAUGGUUGUUCCAGAGUAGCAACAAUGUCAUGUGUCACAAACAACCCUGGUAUACUCUCACUCUUCACAAGAUCAGCUAUGUAGAUAGGGCCCUUGUUGUUACCUGAAUCUAUUGUGUGUUGCAUACAGAGCAUAGAGGUGAAGGGAGUCAGGGAAAGAAUUAAGGAUUUCCGCUGCUGGUGGACACCAGAUCUAGCUACUGGGAAACAACAGAGGGAUAAUCCUGUCUGCCUGUCUUGGUAGACCUGGUGCCUUGUCACUGUUCAGACACCAGUUCUACCAGAAAUGGUAGACUGGUUCUCUGAUGUAAUCAGGGCUUAAAAAAAUGCAACCAUAAACAAAAUGUUCAGUUCCAAGAAAAAUAUGUAAUUAUUUGUAAUAAUAUGUAUGUAAUACACGCAAAGUUGUAUUGUCAGCUGAUGUAAAAAAGCAGCCGAUAACAAUGUAAGUAGACUUCACUGCUACUCUCCAAAGCUGGCUUCCUUCGGAUGUUUUG